AAACCGAACCGGAAGUUUGCCCUUACGAGACCUGUCUACAGAUACUGGGAGAGGAAGCCAACUGUUGGAAUAUACCAGAAGCAAUUCUCUGUGGCGAGGGACGAGUCUUGAACAACCCUGCUUGUGCCGAAGAUAUUCGAAACGGAGCCAAAGACCAACUACGUCAGGGACAAGCGUUUCUGAAGAAGCACUGUUCAUUCAACAUCAGUGGGGGAUCCGAAAAGUGCGACGUGGGGAAAUGUUUGGAGGGAGUAAACACUCAAGGCGUUACCUGUCAAACUGUGGCUGAUGGGGUCCGGUGUGCCGACAGGACGAUCUUGAACAACCCCGCCUGUGAUCAGAACCUAAUCAGAGAGGUCGAGGGGAAAGCCGAGGUGGCCAACUUCUUAUUGGGGAAGUACUGCAAUAGCCACUCAUAUG